AUGACUUUGCUAUUAAAUCGUAUUGAUAUAACAGCUAUUCUACAAAUGAUAUUAAACAGUACAUCAAUCUAUAAUCUAAAAUUAAUUGAUCCUGAUCUUAUUUGCAAUAUUUUAGGUUAUUAUUAUAUAGAGCAAAUAGCUAAAACUUUCAAUAAUCAGUUCUAUUACAAAAUAUCUUUAGAUGAAAAAGUUAAAAAUUUGACACUUCACAACUAUAAUAUCUAUAUAACUAAACAACAAGAAAAACAUAAAAUAAAAGAUACAAUUCUUUUAGAUUUUUUUGAAUUAAAGCUUGGAGAUAUGAAUUCAUAUAUUAGUGCUUUACAACAUGUUUAUGAAAAUUCUUUAUUAAAUAAUUAUUUAACUAAUUCUGUUAUUUCUGUUAUAGCUAAUUAG